AUGGAUCUGAUUCAAGGGUUUAUCCAACAGCCGAAACCUCAAUCGGUCGAUGAAACAAUUCCAACUUUAUGUGAUAGAAUUAAGAAUGCAACUUUAAUAAAUGAUAGAAGAUCUGCAGUUUUAGGAAUAAAAGCUUUUAGUCGCCAAUAUCGUGAAACGGUCAUCGCAUCUGGUUUGAAACCACUAUUGAGUACAUUACAAAGGGAUUCCAUUGAUGACGACAUGGUCAGAGCCAUCUUAGAGACUUUAUUGAUUUUAUUUAUUAGAGGUGAUGGUGACGUUGAUUUGACAAGAUCAUGGAUUUCACAACAAUCAAGACUACAAAAUGGGAAAUAUCCAUCUCCGUUAUUAAUGAAGCAAGAAAUUGAAAAUGUAGAUCAAUUCUCUUUAUGGAUUGCUGAUGCAUUGACUCAAUCGGAAGAUUUACUACAUUUAAUUAUCUCAUUCCUAGAAACAGAAAAUUUCCACAUCCGAUUGUAUACUAUACAAUUAUUAGAAGCAGUCAUGGCGACGAGACCUUUGAAAGCAAGAAGUGCAAUUAUUAGUCUGCCCACAAGUAUAUCAACGAUAGUGAAUCUAUUGGAUGAUAUACAUGAACCAGUAAGAGAUGAGGCUAUCUUAUUAUUAAUGGCUGUAGUUAAUGAUUCCCCUCAUGUACAAAAAUUGGUAGCUUUCGAGAAUAUUUUUGAAAGACUAUUUAAUAUUAUUGAAGAAGAAGGUGGAUUACGAGGUUCAUUAGUAGUCAAUGACUGUCUUUCAUUAAUAAAUAAUAUUUUGAAAUAUAACACCUCUAACCAAACAUUAUUCUUGGAAACUGGCAACCUUCCUAAACUAGCACAUGUACUUAAUGAACCCUUGGUCGAAAAUGAAGAGUUCUUUUGGAAUGAUCAACGAAUUAUUAAUAUAAACACAACAUUAGAUAUCGUUGCCCUAAAUGUUGAACCAGGGAACAUGGUUACAAGUAAGCAUCAAAUGGUUCUUUUGCAAUCCAAUGUUUUCAUGCUUGUCUUAAGGUUGGCAUUUUUCCCAACUAUCCCCAGAAAGGUAAGGCCAAUUGCAUUGUUGACUGCGGCUGACAUAAUAAGAAAUAAUGAAUAUGCACAAGCAGAAUUUACAAAAAUUGAUGUUCCAUAUUUUGAUCCAUCUUUACCGACAGUUGAGAAAGACACACCUCAAGAGGAAACUUUAUCUAUUUCCGUCAUUGACCUAUUAAUGAAUUGGAUCCUUUAUGCAAAUUCUGUCCAUACUUUUGAUACAAGAAUGGCUGCUUCCGAAUUACUGAAGGCAUAUUUUUACGACAACUUUCAGAUUCAAAAAGAUUUCUUAUCCCAUCAAAUUGAAGUUUAUACCAAUAGCAAUUCCUUGUCAAGCAAUUCCACUCAUACAUCAGUGAAAAGCAAUGCCUUCGAGGUAUUGUUGAACUAUGAUCCAGAUCUAAAACUAAACCCUUACAAACUUUUUUUCGUCACCGAUCUUGUGAUGUAUUUAUUCAAUGACGAAAAUGGUGAAGCUAUGGAAUUAAAGGGGCUAUUAAAAUCCUUAAAUCAUGAAUCUGUAGUAGUUGAAGGAGAACAAGAAGAAGUUGAUGAACAAAUGAGUCCAAUCCAGACUGUUUUGGAAUUACUUUUAACAUCAUUAAAUUCGGCGGAUAUCCGAAUUCCAAUUUCCUAUACUUCACUUUUAAUCUUUUGGUUAUAUGGUGACUUAAAUGCCGUAAAUGAUUUCGUUUCAAAUAGAGCAAAUAUCGAACAACUUUUAACAUUCUCGUAUCAAAUACAGGAUGAAGAUAUCACGAUAAAGUGUAUGAUUAGCAUGUUAUUAGGUGUCUCAUAUGAAUUCAGCUCCAAAGAUUCACCUUUCCCAAGAAAGGAAUAUUUUGAAUUUUUCACCAAGACGAUAGGUAGGGAUAAUUAUUCAUCUAGAAUUAAACAAUUCAAGAACGACUCCUUAUUUUCCAAAAUCGAUAAAAGUAAACUUAUAUCACAUGACUUAUCAUUCGAGACGGACGAAACUGGCUUACCUAAGAUAUAUUUCAGUGAAUACUUCAUUCACCUUUUCAAUGAUAACUUCCAUAGGAUUAUAAACGCAUUGAACCAUAGUCCAGAUGAUGAACCUGUAGCCAAACUAUCAUUUGAAACGUUUGAAGAGAUACAACUUAAAUGCAACGACCUAAAGAAUGAGAUUCAAGAACUACAAACUUCGAGCAGGAGCUCAAUUGACUCUUUACAGUUAAAACUUGAUACCAUAACGAAGGAAUUUGAAGAAACAAGUGGUAAUUUGAAAACAUAUGAAUUGAAUAAUUCGAAUUUACAAGCUAAACUUUCCCAAUUGGAAUCUGAAUUAAAUGAGGCUAAGGAGACUUUGAAAAAAGUGAAUGAUGAGUGCCGCGAACUAAAUAAGUUGAAGAAUGAAAAUUUACAGAAAUUAGAAAAGGACAACAAGAAGAUCCAGGACCUUGAUACCAAGUUGCAUAAGGUACAGCAAGAAUUGAAAAUAUCCAGUGAGGCAAAGAAAAAGGCGCAUGAUGAUAUUAAUAAAAUGAGCCGUGAUUUAAUAGGACUCUCAAGAGAAAAGCAGGAACUCGAAGGGAAAUGUGGAAGCUUAGAAAGGGAUAUGAAAAUAAAAAGUAAUAAUUUCGAUCAAGAGAAAAAUAAAUUGAACCAGAAAAUUCAGGAAAAAUCUAAAGAAAUUGAGACUUUAAAUAAAAAGUUGGAAGAAUUGAAAAACAAUAUAACUUCCCUUGAAAAAGAAAAAGAUGGCACAGCUCUUGCUCUUCAGCAUUGGAAAUCUAAAUUUGAAAGCCAUGAUGCCUUGGUUCCAAAGCUUACUGAAAAGCUAAAGUCGUUAGCCACUAGUUUCAAACUUUUAGAAAAAGAAAAAUUGGCUUUAGAAAAUGAUUUUACCAAAUAUAGAUCAGAACACUCGCAUCAAAAUGCAGAAUUUCAGAAGGCAAUUGGUGAUAUAACUAAAGAAAGAGAUUUGCUACGUUCUGAGAAGGAAACUCUGGUGGCUAAUUUCUCUCAACUAAAAGAAUUAAGUGAUAAACUUAAAACGGAAAAUUCCGAUCAUAGUGCUGCUUAUGAAGCUGUCAAAAAUGAACUUGAAGAAUCUAUGCUGCAUAUGAAUGAGCAAUUGAAAGAGCUUGAAACUGAAAAGGCAGAAGGCGAUCAAAAACUUGCAAAUUUGGAAGAAAAAUUGAAUAUGAUGAAAAAGCAACUGGAAGACAAGGAUCAGCAAUUGACGAAAUUAUGUGAAGGAGAAGCUAACAAUAAAAAACAACUAGUGACCGCAGAGGAGACAAUAUCAUCAUUAAAAGCAGAUAAAGAGACGUUUAUGGAAAAACUGGAAGCCUCUGGUUUGGAAGUUGAAAAAUUACAAACCGAAUUGAAAGAUACUAAGCUUCAACACGGGGAAGCAGAAACACGUCUCACUAACAUGAAGAAAGAGCAUGCAGAUAAAGAUAUAGCAAAUAACGAAAAGAUCUGCUCCUUAGAAGAAGAUCUGAAAAAACAACAAAUUGUCAUGGAUAAGGAAAAAGCAAACGCCGAGGAGCUUGAAGAAAAAUUAAAUGAAAAGGAAACCGAAUUGGCUGACGUUCUUCGUAAUAAAGCUGCCAUUGAAAAGGAACUUACCGAAUCAUCGGAGAAAAUAAAGACCCUCAAUGCAGAACUUGAAGCUUUGACAGAAAAACUAAAUCAAAAUGAAAUGGAAGCCGAAAAGUUAAGAGAAAAUCUUUUAAAGGAUCAAAAUGCUUCAAAGGAAGAAAUAUCAGCAUUGGAAAAUACACUAAAGGAAUUACAUUCCGAAAAAGAAACUCAAAUGGAGGAAAAAUCUAAAUUGGAGUCUGAUAUCAAAUCUCUCGAAACCGAGUUAGAUGAAACGAAAAAGAAACAUGCUUCGGAAAUAGAAUCAUUACAUGAACAAAUUGAAAAGAUUAAUGAAGAAACGAAAGACUUCAAGGCAAUUAUUGAGAAGGCCGCUUCAAACUUAAAAAGGACUGAGAGUGACUUAAAAGUUCUCAAGGAGAAAUACACCAAGAAUGAAGAGAAACUGAAAAUAAUGGAAGUAGCUUCAAAAGAACAUGCUGAGCUAAAGAAGAAACAAGAGAGCGAGUAUGAACUAUUAGAAAACAGAUUAAAGAUGCUUGAAGAGGAUGUUAAACUAAAGGAAAAAGAAUUGUCAGAACAUAAGAAGUCUCUUCUGGAAGCACAAGAACAGGAAAAAUCCUCUACUAUUGAACUAGCAAAACUGAAGUCAGCUGCAGCUGAUGAAAAGAACAAACUAGAAGAAGAAAUAAAAUCGUGUAAGGUAGAGUUGAAGAAUAAAGCACAAGCUUUCGAAAAAGAAAGAAAACUAUUGAAUGAAGGUUCUUCUUCUAUAACAAAAGAAUAUUCGGAAAAGGUCAGUGAACUAGAGGAUAAAUUAGAAGCUGUAAACUCAGCUCACCAAUCUAAAUUAGAAGAACUGGACUCCUUGAAGACAAACAUGAUUGAAUUGGAGAAUAAAAAUUCAGAGCAACUAAAAAAGGAAAAGGCUAGUAUUGUGAUUCUUGAGGAAACUAUUUCUAAACAAAAGAAGGAUAUUGAUAACUUACAUUCUGAGGUUGAGGAUUCCCAAGAGAAAUGUAAGAAUAUAAAUAAAGACUUAACUAAAAAGCUCCGGGAAAUGCAGUCUGCUUCGGAAACAUACGAUUCUAACUUGAAGAGAAUGGAAGAAACCAUUGAAGAAAAGAACGUUGAAAUUGAAAAAUCAAGCAAAUCCAUUGAAGAAUUAGAAAAAGAGCUGGGUUCUCAGCAAUUAAAGCUAAAAGAUCUACAGAACGAAAACACAGAAGUGAUAAAGAAAAAUAAAGAUAUACUUGAUGAAAAAAUUUCUGAGAUCGGUAACUUAAAGGAGAAAAAUGAGUCCUUGUCAGAAGAGAAUGAAACUUUGUCGAAAUCAGCAGAUCAACUUAAGUCAGAGGUCAGUAAGAGAGAUGAAGCUCUUAAGAUUUCUAAGAAAGUAAUCGAUGAAUACAAAGUUAAGGAUGAACAAUUAUCCAAACUACAGUCUCAGUUAGCUCAAGUAAACAAAGAAUAUUCAGAUUCUAAGCAGGCGAUGGAAGAUUUACAAAAGAGAAUUGGUGACGCUGAGGAAAAUACUAAACAAUUCAAUAAUACCAAGAAAGAUGAUGAAGAUAAAAUAAAACAGCUUGAGAAGGAAGUAGAAGAUAUGAAAGCCAAGCUUGAAUUAUCUGAAUCAUCAGUUGCUAAUGAUCAAUUAAAGAUAUCAGAAUUGGAGAAAAUUAUUGAAGACAACAAGGAAAUCUUGCUUGCAGAAAAAGAAGUCAAUCAAAAGCAGGAAAAAUCUAUACAGUCACUUGAACUUGAGAAAAAAACAGUUGUGGAGGAAAAGAGAAAACUGGAAGAGAAACUGGAUGAGGAAUCUGCUCAGCAUAUAAAGAAAACUGAGACAUUUGCUAAAGAAAAUGAAGAACAAAAGGACGAAUUAGAGACCCUAAAAGAGAAACUGAAAACCCUUGAAGAACAGAAUCAGAAAUUCAAAAAUAAGCUUGAAGAUAAAUCAGAACUUGAUGAUUUGAUGCUUUUAGUUACUGAAUUGGACGAAAAAAAUAGUAAGUACCGCUUAAAAUUAGAAGAGUUAGGGGCAGAAUUGACGUCUGAUGACGAUGACGAUGAUGAUGAUGACGAUGAUGACGAUGAGGAGGAUGAGGACGAUGGUGAGGAAGACGAUGAUGAAGCAUAA